UGUAAAAUAAAACCCAGUCUUUCUGUUGCUCUGCCCAGAAUAUGAGCACUACCACUCCAUGCAGGUCUGUUCAAGGGAGGAGGGACUCUGUUCCUGACCUCAGCCCUCUAUCUUUGAGUUUCACUUCUUGGAGUUUCACUUCGAUUCAUACUUCCACCAGGAGGGCACGUGUCUAGGAACGUGUGCUUUCCCCCUUCCCUGCCUUUAGAACUUUGACCCAGAUGCCAAAGACCAAGAUGCCUUUUCCCUCAUCUUUAAAUGGCAGAGACAGGUGGAAUUUUCAGAUCUAUCACUAAAAAUGGAGAGAAAUGAGGAAAGAAAAUUUAAUAGUUGAAAGGUGAAGAUAAGAACAGCAACGCCAAGUGCUAACAAUCAGGAUAGCAAAAACUGGCCUCAUAAAACAUCUAGGACCUUAUUUGGAUCAAGUGAGCCAGUUCUUCAAACCUGAACAAUGACUGCUGAAUCAAGGGAUACCGCAGAUUUGUCUCCACAGGCCACCCAGGAGGUGGAAGGCAUAGUGAGAGUGAAAGUGGAGGCGGAAGAUGAAGAUGAGGAAGGCCAUUUUCAAAGGGGAAGAAAUAGCAUAGAAUUAUCCCCACAAUUUAUUAGUCGGUUCACAACCAUGAAUGAGAGAGCCUUAUUAUCAUAUUUGGUUGCCUAUCGAGUGGCAAAAGAGAAAAUGGCUCACACGGCUGCUGAAAAAAUUAUUCUUCCAGCAUGUAUGGAUAUGGUACGUACAAUUUUUGAUGAUAAAUCAGCUGAUAAAUUAAGAACUAUACCCCUUAGUGAUAAUACAAUAUCUCGUCAAAUCUGUACAAUUGCAAAACAUUUAGAGGCAAUGCUUAUUACACGGCUGCAGUCUGGUAUAGAUUUUGCAAUCCAACUUGACAAGAGCAUGGAUAUUGCAAAUUGCCCAACACUCUUGAUUUAUGUCAGGUAUGUGUGGCAAGAUGACUUUAUAGAGGACCUGUUGUGUUGUUUAAGUUUAAAUUCACUUAUAACGGGAUUAUUUACCGAAUUAGAAAAGUGCAUUGUUGGUCAAUAUAAAUUGAACUGGAAAAAUUGUAAAGGAAUUUCAAGUGAUGGAGCAGCAAAUAUGACUGGGAAACACAGCAGGGUUAUUGAAAAAUUGUUAGAAGUAACACAUAACAAGGCUCUUUGGAAUCAUUGUUUUAUUCAUCAAGAAGCUUUGGUGUCCAAAGGAAUUCCACCAGGUCUAAUGGAUGUAUUGAAAAACACAGUGAAAAUUGUUAAUUUUAUUAAAGGAAGCUCCUUAAACAGCCGACUUCUCGAAAUAUUUUGUUCAGAGAUUGGAGUUAACCAUACCCACUUACUGUUUCAUACAGAAGUUCGUUGGCUGUCUCAAGGAAAAGUAUUGAGCAGAGUAUAUGAACUCAGAAAUGAGAUAUACAUUUUUCUCAUUGAAAAGCAAUCUCAUUUGGCAAAUAUUCUUGAAGAUGACCUAUGGGUAACAAAAUUGGCAUAUUUGAGUGAUAUUUUUGGCAUUCUUAAUGAAUUACAUUUUAAAGUACCGGGGAAGAACAAUGAUAUAUUUCAGUAUCUUGAAUGUAUUCUAGGAUUCCAAAAGACAUUAUUGUUGUGGCAAGCAAGACUUAAAAGCAAUCGCCCUAGCUACUAUAUGUUUCCAACGCUGUUGCAGCAUAUUGAAGAGAACGUUAUUAAUGAAGACUGCUUAAAAGAAAUAAAAUCAGAGAUAUUGAUGCAUCUCACUUCUUUGUCUCAAACCUUUCAUCAUUACUUCCCAGAAGAGAAAUUUGACUCAAUAAAGGAAAAUAUUUGGAUGAAAGAUCCCUUUGUAUUUCAAACCCCAGAAUCAAUCAUUGAGUUAAACUUGGUGCCCGAAGAAGAGAAUGAAUUAUUGCAGCUCAGUUCAUCCUUCACACUGAGGAAUUAUUAUAAGACAUUAAGUCUAUCAGCAUUCUGGAUUAAAAUUAAAGAUGAAUUUCCACUGCUGAGUAGAAAGAUAUUGCUGCUAUUACCAUUCACAACUACCUAUUUGUGUGAACUAGGAUUUUCCAUCUUGACACGAUUAAAAACAAAGAAAAGAAAUAGGCUCAACAGUGCACCUGACAUGCGUGUAGCCCUAUCCUCAUGUGUUCCUGACUGGAAUGAACUUAUGAACAGGCAAGCACACCCAUCGCAUUAAGUGUGAUGAGAUGCACUUAAUGAAAAGUGCUAUGAAAUGUGGUUUUUGUACUUUUUAAGGGUUUCUUUGGUAGAUGGUAUUUAUUAAUAAAAUUAUAUUUGGAAUUUA